AUGAGUGAUCCUGGUGCUCACAACGCGGAAGGACAAGUGUUGUUCUCGCCUGAGUUUGUCGAGAACAUCACUACAAAUGCUUGUAAUGGUAUUAUGAAGUCUGUAAAGGAAGCCGUUGAUAAAGAAGCUGAGGAGAAGGGCGUCAGCACUCACUAUGUUGUCAGACCUCCCAGCAAUAAUGUUAAAGUUGAGCUCGCCCGGUACGUUCGUGAUUCUCUGUCCAACUACGUAGUUGUUGGUCCCAGUAGUGAUUGCACUGGUAGAAUGGGUCAGUGGCUCGCCAG